AUGACGGACAUUUCCUCCAACUCUAAUGAAUCUCCAUUACUCAAGCCUGCGGAGAUUAAGAUAACGCCACCUUUAAGUCAACAGCAGGAAUUGAGACAGCCUCCAUCGAUAUCUAGAGGAUCCUCCUAUAAUGCUGCAACCGGAACAAAGGGCGUUUCUUCUACAACUGCCAACUCCAGCAAUGCCUUUGCUGGUGUCCCCAUACAAGCGGCACAAGCGUCACAAAAUUCAAUUGAUCCCCUUUCGAAAAACUGUUUGAACGUGUCUCAUACAUCGCCAUCGCACAUUACUUCAUCGCCAUCGUCAUCAUACGCAACAGGACACACUUCUGUACAAUCAAACCCUGGCUCUCCGCGCUCUAGACGAAGCAGCUACGCUCCAACAACAAUCGGUGGUGUUGCCAGUGGCUCCUCUCCAUCUCGGUUUAGAAGUAAUAGUGGUACAACAACCAAUGACCUCACCCCCACGCCAUCUCACCACCAACCCGCACAUAUCGUUACCAGACAGCGCCGAUCCUCGUCAUUAAUCCAACACUUGGAACCAGACACUUUGGACACCAAGAUUGAUCAGGCGCUAAAUCCUAAUGUGAAUGCCAAUUGGGUGAAUCAAAAAGGUGCGUGGGUAAUUCAUAUAGUGAUUAUCAUUUUGCUCAAGAUCUUCUACAAUUUCAUUAGCGUUUUGGAUAAUGAUUGGAAAUGGACGUUGACAAACCUCACGUACACUAUUGGCUCGUAUAUCAUGUUUCACCAAGUUAAACGCACACCAUUUGAAUUCAAUAGUGGUGCUUACGAUAAUUUGACGAUGUGGGAACAAAUUGAUAAUGGUGAUCAAUACACUCCUACAAAGAAAUUCUUGAUGCUUGUACCAAUUGGACUAUUCUUAAUCAGUACUCAUUAUUCAAAAUACGAUUUAAACUUGUUUUUGCUAAAUGGACUAAGCUGUCUCUGCGUGGUGAUUCCAAAAUUAGCGUUUGCUCAUAGAUUAAGAGUCACCUUGUAUUAA